ACACGAUCCAUGGUGUGCGUUGGUGAAAUCUACAACAACUUCUUUUUUUGUCUUCAGGUUGGCAAGAUUUGAGCAUUUUACUUAGCAGUCAAUUGUUGUCCAGUGACAGUGAGUAGUAACUUCCCCAUCGCUGAACUGCCACGACCAUUUCUUGAUUACUAUUAUUUGGCGCAUUGCAAUAUGAAGGCGGUACUUCAACGAGUCAAGUCCGCCUCGGUCACCGUCGACGGACAACUUGUGUCGUCGAUCGGCCAGGGGCUGCUUGUGCUUGCCGGUGUAGGCAAAGAGGACACGGAAAAAGAUGCCGAUACGAUGGUUGGCCGAAUAUUGAAAGCCAAGCUUUGGUCCGAUGAGAAUGAGAAACCGUGGAAGAAGAACGUCCAAGAUAUCGAUGGAGAAGUGCUUUGCGUGUCACAAUUUACCCUCUAUGGCGAGUUGAAGAAGGGAAGCAAGCCGGACUUCCACGCCGCAGCCGAUGUGGAGACUGCGCGCAAACUCUACGACUACUUUUACCAAAAACUGAGCAACAGCUACAAGCCUGAGCGGGUGAAGAAUGGCAUCUUCCAGGCGAUGAUGGAGGUCGAGCUCAAAAAUGACGGGCCGGUGGGUGUAGAUUACCGCAGUGAAGAUGCGGUGGUAAAGCUCUCGCUUCUCUUCCUGCUUCCUUCACUGAUGAUUCUGGGCUGACGCUUAUGGUUUUUUGCGGCUGAUAUAGGUCACGAUCGAGAUCAACACCCAACUACCCAAGAAGGAGAAGAAGGAGAAGGAGGCCGAGCCGCAAGAAACGCGGCCUCAGACUUUCGAGUUCAAGAUACCCGCGGAGUUAUUGGAUUGAUUGAUGGAAGGGCGUCACGAUGAAUUUACGAAAAAGAAUGAUCCCUCGAGAUUCAGGUCGGUUCAGGUGUAUAUAAAAAGUUCCUUAUAGACAUACCCAUAAAUAGAUUUGGGGGGA